CGUCAACCUCUGCUGAUACUGUACAAACUGUACAGGCACUGAUAGCACAAUUUUAUCAUUACCACCCUUGGAGCAGGUCAAAACUGUCCGAAAUGUGCUGGCAAAGACGGAAAACCCCAGCAAAAUUCCCCGACUGCAAAGGGAAGUCUCAAGGAAACUGUAUCCUUUUUGACCCGACCGAAAACCACGUCAAAUGGUGUGUCGAGGCCGACCAAAGGGGGAGCGCGUGUCCCAACCCCGUUAUAACCACGCAAACGAGUUCUACUCGGCGAAAAGUGGAUUGCCCAAGGCAUCGCACUCAAAUCCCAAAGCCAGACGACCCUACUCCAGGCCCCGGGAAUGCAGGUGGUGGUGGUUCGCUUGGUCAAAGUGUUAUUGUUGGAGCUUGACGGGUAGGAAACCAAUGUCGGUGCUAUAACGAUGAAAAGCGUCUUCAAGGCAAGAUGCCUUAAUCCCAAGCAGUAGAUAGCAAAACAGAGCCGGCAAGCUUUUUUGACGGUUUGGGUCUCAUUUGCGCCUUUAUAUUCAACAUAUACUUGGCGAUGAUCUCUUUGUUACUUUAGUUACUAUGCAACUUGGAUACAUUACUUUGAAAAUAUAAUUUGAUUGCUAAAUC